AUGGCCAGGAGCAAGAUGAUGGUCACCGACGGCCCCGAAAUGUGGAGGCGACGCGGGAUGCCUAGGCCCAUCCACAUUCCAACUGACAGCGAUGAAGAAGCAAUGGAAAACCCACCACGAGUCCCCAACGACGCCGACACUGAAGCGGCCGACGAAGCAAGAAACACCGCCAGUCCAGCAACCCAGACCUAUCGCCGUCGGACUAGGGCGUCGUUGAUUACACCACCAUCUUCAUCACCGUCAGUCACGACAGACACCCAGGGAGGCAACACGCCUCAAGAAACCACGCUGUCCACCAGUCAUGGUCAGAAACAGCCAAGAACACCAUCACCACCACCAUCACCAAGCCCGGAGCGACAACAAGAGACACCCAGUGCCACACCUCCCGUAAGCCAAGAAGAAGGCGAAUUGCCCAGCGAUUUGCCCAAACCAACCCACCCUGAUCACAUCACUCAGACCCUGACGUACAACAAGGCGUCCGAAAGGGCCAGGCUAGACAAAGUUUCCUCUACACCCUACCACCCAGACGAGCUAUGCACAACCUACACACACCUGACAUCAUUGGAUUCAGGCUAUUGGGACAGUGAUUUCACUUGUCCCUGCAAGAGUUUGGCACUGCCAUGGGCUGUGAAUGCCUUGACUCCACCUGGGAUUUUUCUGCAGAAUUCAAUCUCAGCACUGCCUAUCUGGAAUUAUGUUUCUAGCCUACACAUUUUCUGGGAGGAAGGAUGCACCCAACAUCCUGACCAGAACGGAGCUGUACAUACUGUGGUGCAUGCACCACCACCAGAAACUACACUUUGGUUAUUGGGUUGCAACCCAAAUAUCCAGCAUUAUCCAGUACCACCGCCCCCUGAUCCUUGGGCACUUGAUCACUGCCAUUGCAGUGAACCUGAAACUUUUACACCCUGCCCAUACUGA